AUGCACACUCUGAAGCCGUGGAGAGGACUAUACUUCAGAACACCAACUGCUCUUGAGGGGUUAUGUUCAGCUUCAGUCAUCUAUCAUUACCCUGGUGGGACUGGAGGUAAAGUUGGAUCUCGUAGAGCACAAGGGGGCUCUCUUUCUGCUGAGGCAGGCAACAGGCACAGACCAGGGGCACAAGAAGUUCUCAUUGAUCCAGGUGCACUGACUUCAAAUGGGAUAAAUGCAGAUACCAGUGCUGAGAUAGGACGUGCCAAGAAUUGCCUUAGUCCUGAAGACAUCAUCGAUAAAUAUAAGGAAGCCAUUUCUUACUAUGGCAAGUACAAGAAUGCAGGUGUCAUCGAACUGGAAGCCUGCGUGAAGGCAGUGAGAGUCCUUGCAAUACAGAAAAGGAGCAUGGAAGCCUCUGAGUUCCUUCAGAAUGCAGUUUAUAUCAAUCUUCGCCAGCUCUCAGAAGAAGAAAAAAUCCAGCGUUACAGCAUCCUUUCGGAGCUGUAUGAACGAAUUGGUUUUCACCGCAAGUCUGCUUUUUUCAAGCGUAUCGCAGCAAUGCAGUGUGCAGCACCCAGCAUACCAGAGCCUGGAUGGAGGGCCUGCUACAAAUUGCUUUUGGAAACUCUCCCUGGCUAUAGUUUAUCAUUGGAUCCUAAAGAUUUCAGCAAAGGAACUCAUAGAGGAUGGGCUGCGGUGCAGAUGCGUUUGCUUCAUGAACUAGUAUAUGCUUCAAGAAGAAUGGGCAAUCCUGCUCUAUCCGUCAGGCAUCUGUCUUUCCUUCUCCAGACCAUGCUGGAUUUUCUUUCUGAUCAAGAAAAGAAAGAUGUAACACAGAGCUUGGAAAGCUACACAGCAAAAUGCCCUGGCACAAUGGAAUUCAUCACUCUUCCAGAUGGUUUGAAGUUACCUCCUGUUCCAUUCACCAAAUUGCCUAUUGUGAGAUCUGUGAAGCUCUUGAACCUUCCCACCAGUCUCCGACCUCACAAAAUUAAAAGUCUACUUGGUCAGAAUGUGUCAACCAAAAGCCCCUUCAUAUAUUCUCCCAUUAUUGCUCAUAGUCGUGGGGAAGAGCGAACUAAGAAAAUAGACUUCCAGUGGGUCCAGGGAGAUGUGUGUGAAGUUCAGUUGAUGGUGUACAACCCUAUGCCUUUUGAGCUCCGAGUAGAAAACAUGGGUCUGUUGACAACAGGAGUAGAAUUCGAAUCUCUUCCUGCAGCCCUUUCUCUACCUGCAGAAUCUGGUUUGUAUCCAGUAACUCUUGUUGGUGUUCCUCAAACCACUGGACAGAUCACUAUCAACGGUUACCAUACCUCAGUUUUUGGAGUAUUCAGUGAUUGCCUUCUGGACAACUUACCAGGAGUCAAGACCAAUGGCUGUACUGUUGAAGUCAUUCCAGCUUUGCCGAGGCUACAGAUCAGUACCUCCCUUCCAAGGUCCGCUCAUACACUUCAGCCUUCUUCAGGAGAUGAAAUCUCCACUAGUGUAUCUGUCCAGCUUUACAAUGGAGAGACUCAACAGCUGAUCAUUAAGUUGGAAAACAUUGGAACAGAACCAUUGGAGACGUUAGAGGUCACGGCGAAAACAGUCAACACAAAGGAGAAGCUGUAUGGAGACUUCCUGAGUUGGAAGCUGGAAGAUACACUCUCCCAAUUUCCUCUGAAACCUGGGAAGAUCGCAACAUUUGUUGUAAACAUUAAAGUGAAGCUGGACUUCUCGUGCCAAGAAAAUCUUCUGCAAGAUCUCAAUGAUGGUGAGUUCUUCAUUUCCUCUUCCUCAGCAGCAUUUUGUGAACCACUGAGAAGUGGUUAUCCAGUCCUUGGGCCAUCCUUCUUUAAAAUACGGUGUGUGAUGUGGUUGCAUGUUUUAAUAUUUAUAACUUGUAAUGUAGAAGCAACUGUUCAGUGAAGAUUAUGGAUUGAA